CAACCCAUGGAACUCAUUGCCAGGAAAUGUUGUGAAGGGCAAAAGUAUAACUGAAUUAAAAAAAAAUAGAAACAUUAUACAGGAUAGGUCCAACAGUGGCUACUAGCCAAGAUGGUCAAGGAUGUAAUCCAUGCUCUGGGUGUCCCUAAACCUCUGACUGCUAGAAGCAGGUAGUGGAUGAUGGGAGUGGAUCACUCAAUACAUUGCCCUGUUUUGUUCAUUCCCUCUGAAGUAUCUGGAACCGGGCAUGGGCAUCCUCAGAAGACAGGAUACUGGUCUAGAUGGACCAUCAGUCUGACGUGGUAUGGUCGCUCUUACAUAGAUGCUCACAAUAAUCCAUUUUGGCCUUAGAAUCUUUGAAUGAAUUUAUCUUCCUCUCCUCUCCUGAUCUUUCAUGGAAUUCCUCCUUCCCUUUCCUCUCAGGUCUGCUUUCUUCCCCUUCCCCAAUGUCACCUUCCUGUCUUUCCACAGGUAGCGCACACUCCUGGCCAAUAGACCCAGACCCACGAGACUCCCUUGCAUUCAAGGGCCCCAACUACUCGUGCACCCGCUGGAUGGGUUACCCCACCCCCAAGACACGCACACUCGUCGUGCUGCCUGCUCCCGCACGGCCACAUCCCUUCCAAAGGGCGGUCAGGACCCUGCUGCCCAUCGCACGUGCGGCGCCGGGACGCUCCUGGGAGAAGGCCUGUGGGCUGGCAGAGGACACGAUGCCGUGCUGGGGGCGGCAGGGCAGCCAGCCCCGGAGCCAGUCGCUUUCUUUCCCGAAUCCCGCCCCGGCGCUUACACUCCGCUCCCGACCGGAAGCGCUUUUCGAUCUGCUCCGGAAGCGGAAGGGGCAUUACAAGAUGGCGGCGGCUGCAGAGGGGGCGCCGGCAGGAGCCGGCUCCGAGUCUUCGGCCCCGCCGGUGUGCGUGCUGGUGCUGGGCAUGGCGGGCUCUGGGAAAACCACCCUGGUGCAGAGGCUCACUGCUCAUUUGCACAGCCAGAAUUCCCCGCCCUACGUCAUCAACCUGGACCCCGCUGUGCGCGAGCUCCCCUUUCCAGCCAACAUCGAUAUCAGAGACACAGUGAAGUACAAAGAAGUCAUGAAACAAUAUGGUCUGGGCCCAAAUGGUGGAAUAGUGACUUCUCUCAAUCUCUUUGCCACAAGAUUUGAUCAGGUGAUGAAGUUUAUUGAAAAGCGACAGAACACAUCUCAAUAUGUUCUUAUUGAUACACCAGGACAGAUUGAGGUGUUCACUUGGUCAGCCUCAGGCACUAUCAUCACUGAGGCACUGGCUUCCACUUUUCCUUCAGUUGUCGUUUAUGUGAUGGACACAUCUCGCAGCACCAGCCCGAUCACCUUUAUGUCUAACAUGUUGUAUGCUUGCAGUAUCCUGUACAAAACAAAACUACCUUUUAUUUUGGCCAUGAACAAGACAGAUAUCAUUGAUCACAGUUUUGCAGUAGAAUGGAUGCAGGAUUUUGAGAUCUUUCAAGAUGCCUUGAAUCAAGAGACAACAUAUGUUAGUAACCUGACUCGUUCCAUGAGCCUGGUGUUGGAUGAGUUUUACAGCUCACUCAAGGUGGUUGGUGUUUCUGCCGUGCUGGGUACAGGACUGGAUGAAUUUUUUGUUAAAGUCUCUGAAGCUGUAGAUGAAUAUGAGAGGGAGUAUCGUCCAGAAUAUGAGCGUCUGAGAAAAUCACUGGCGAAAGCCCAGAGCAAGCAGCAGAAAGAGCAGCUGGAACGUUUGCGGAAAGACAUGGGCUCUGUGGCUAUGGAGAGCAAUCCACUUGCAGAUUCUUCUGACACUUCUGCAUUGGGCCCCUCUGACUUGAUCAUGACACGAGGAACUUUGGAUGAGGAAGAUGAAGAGAGAGAGAGUGAUACUGAUGAUAUUGACCAUCAAGUGACUGAGGAAAGCCACGAAGAACCAGCCUUCAGAAACUUCAUGCAGGAGACAAGGAUGAAGUACCAGAAUAGAAGCAGCCACUAAGAGAGACUUUCAGAAGCAAAGUGCUGCAAACCCUUCGACUGGCGAGAACAGCAAGAGCAAACUGUCCACCACCUUCUGUGCUGUGAAGACACCAGUGCAGCCUUGUAUGCAAUCUAACUUCUGUGAAGCAUUUUCUCUGAUACUUAAAUAUCUGUACUUGAAAAAUCAGUUGGUUACUGUGAGCUGGAGUUCUAACUUCAGGUGUUUAAACUUUUGCCAUUGUGACUUUUAAAACAAAAUAAGGAUUGCACUUUUCCCUUUUCUCCAAAUAGUUUUGCUCUGCCUUGUUGGGAACUUGAAUUCCUGGUGUGUCAGCAUUAUUGUCUGGAAUUUUGAUCCACCCCUGGGAGUUCAACACCAUCCCCACAUUCAAAGCUCAUGGUUUCUCUUGGAUGCAGGGGAUGGGUGAGACCUCUGCUGGAAGGCUCUUCUGAGAAUUGUCUCCAUUUAGUUAUGAUGGUGGCUCAAAUUAAGAGGGUUGGGGCAAUAGUGUUGUGUGAUAACAGCCAGAGCCUCAAUUUUAAAUAUAUUCCCUAUUAAAUUCUGCAGCUAAAAUUUGAUCAGAGGCUAGAAAGGUUUUUUCAGGAACUUUUCUAAAUGGAGUUUUCUCUGAGUGACUGAAACAGGGUAACUGAAAUGUCACUGCAAUCCCAUGUUUGACAUUUUAUUUUGUUCUAUAAUUUAUUAUAAAGUAUUUUUUGCUAUUGA